AUGAUAAAGCAGAAAUAGAACAAUCAAAGUUAGAAGGACAAAGGAUGGUGUUAAUUUUUUUUCUCCUUAUUAGAUAUGUUAGCAUUUGAAAUUUCCAAUAACAUUAAAAGUAAAAGGAUUAAAAAUGGAUAAGAAAAGUCAUCAUUAGAAGGACAGUAUGAUAGUAUCUAUUCAAUAUCAUUCUGUCUUGAUUUUAUUGUAUUGUUCUUUGGUAUAAAGGAUAAUCCUAUUAUUAAUUGGGAUAUAACGAGAGUACAAGAAAUCUUUAAAUUAGAAGGCUAUUAUAAUUUUGUUUAUCCAAUAUGUUUCUUUUCUGAUAGGAAUACAUUAACAUUAGCCAUUUAAGAUAAUACUAUCCGUUUAUGGAUGUCAAAAAGGUUCAAAAAAUCACAAUUAAAAGGACAUAAAAAACAGUAUAACCAUAUGACUUCCUCCAGAUGUAAUUGUAUUGGCGUCUGA